UGAAACAGAAAGUGGAGCAGAAACUGGAACAGAUGGGGAAAGUACAGGGAGUGUGCCUGCACACUGCUCAUGUUUUGUGUAUGGAUGCAGUCCUUAAUGUGGGCCUGGAGAUGGGAAGCCACAAUCAGGACUGUUGGCCUCAUGUAUUCAGAGUAUGUGAGUACAUCAGCACGUUGGAGCACACCCACUUCAGUGAUGGUGCUUCCCAGCCCUCCCUUACCAUCACCCAGUCACAGCAGGCACCUGGAGGGCAGCACGCAGACUCUGAUCCUGGGGACUCUGCCCAGACGCUAACCCCUGAGCAGGAGACCACCCUCAGCAAUAAUCCUGUCAUUCAGCCAGUUUCUAUCCAGGAACUCAUCAAGGAGAGCAGUAAGGGCAGAGCUUUUGACUUCCGCGGAGGCAGCCUGCUGUGUGGGACCAGUGCUGCCAAGGCUGUCCUCACGCUGUCUACACAAGCUGACAGGCUCUUUGAAGAUGCUGCUGACAAGUUAAACUUGAUGGCACUGGCAGGCUUCCUUUACCAGCUCAAGAAGGCUUCUCAGGCCCAGCUUUUCCAUUCAGUCACAGAUACAGUUGAUUACUCUCUAGCAAUGCCAGGUGAAGUGAAGUCUACCCAGGACAGGAGAAGUGCACUUCAUUUGUUCCGACUUGGUGAUGCCAUGCUCAGAAUCGUAAGGAGUAAAUCUCGCCCGUUGCUCCACCUUAUGCGCUGCUGGAGUCUGGUGGCACCCCACCUUGUAGAGGCUGCCUGUCACAAGGAGAGACAUGUGUCUCGGAAGGCUGUCUCCUUCAUCCAUGACAUCCUCACUGAAGUGCUGACGGACUGGAAUGAGCCUUCUCAUUUUCACUUUAAUGAGGCACUUUUCCGCCCCUUUGAGCGUAUCAUGCAGCUAGAGCUGUGUGACGAGGAUGUCCAAGACCAGGUGGUCACCUCUAUAGGAGAGUUGGUGGAAAUGUGUUCUACCCAGAUCCAGUCAGGAUGGAGACCCCUGUUCAGUGCCCUGGAAACAGUGCACAGCAGCAGCAAGUCAGAGGUUAAGGAGUAUCUUGUGGGAGAAUACUCUAUGGGGAAACGCCAGGCUCCAGUGUUUGAUGUCUUUGAAGCAUUUCUAAACACAGACAGCAUCCAGGUCUUUGCCAAUGCUGCCACCAGUUAUAUUAUGUGCCUUAUGAAGUUUGUCAAAGGACUGGGGGAAGUAGAUUGUAAGGAGAUGGGUGACUGUGUGCCAGGAUCAGGACCUGCAUCUACAGACUUGUGCCUUCCCGCGCUUGAUUACCUCAGGAGAUGUUCUCAGUUAUUAGCCAAAAUCUAUAAAAUGCCCUUGAAACCCAUCUUCCUCAGUGGCCGGCUGGUUAACUUGCCCCGAAGAGUGCAGGAACAGUCAGCCAGCAGUGAGGAUGGUAUUGAGUGCAUCCUUUCUGACUUUGAUGAUGACACUGGCCUUAUCAAUGUCUGGAUUAUUCUGCUAGAAGAAUUAACAACUGCCAUAUCCAAUUGUCCCCGUCAGCACCAGCCUCCUACUCUGGAUCUGCUCUUUGAAUUGCUGAGGGAUGUUGCCAAAACACCUGGACCAGGAUUUGGCAUUUAUGCAGUUGUACAUCUUCUUCUUCCCACGAUGUCUCUUUGGCUCCAUCGCAGCCAUGGUGACCAUUCUUACUGGGAUGUAGCAUCUGCUAAUUUCAAGCAUGCCAUUGGCCUUUCCUGUGAACUUGUAGUGGAACACAUUCAAAAUUUCAUACACUCAGAUAUCGGUUAUGAAAAUAUGAUUAAUACUAUGCUGAAAGAUCUUUUCAAGUUGCUGGUAGCCUGUGUAGCAGAACCAACAGAAAUUAUUUCCAGAGUUGGCUGCUCUUGUAUCAGGUAUGUGUUAGUGACAGCAGGGCCUGUUUUUACUGAAGAGAUGUGGAGGCUUGCAUGUUGUGCCUUGCAAGAUGCAUUCUCUGCCACUCUGGAGCCAGUAAAGAACCUGUUGGGCUAUUUCCACAGUGGUUCUGAAAGCUUUAGUGGAGAUGCCUGUGAAGUGAAGGUGGCAGCCCCUUGCCUCUCGCCAAGUGCUGAAGCUGAAUACUGGAGAAUCAGAGCCAUGGCACAACAGGUCUUCAUGCUGGAGACUCAGUGCUCCCCGAAGACCCCUAGCAACAAGGAAGGGUUUGAACAUGCCCAGUCGUGCGUGCUCAUCAUUGACCUGCCACCAGAUAAGAAACCAAAUGGGCAUACCCAGAGAAGGAAGCUGGGUAUUCCUUUCAGGACAAUAGUGGUGAGUUUGCUGUCCCACCAAGUAUUGCUCCAGAAUUUAUAUGACAUCUUACUGGAAGAAUUUGUGAAAGGCCCCUCUAACUUGGAGGAGAAAAUGACAAUACAAGUACCAGAAAACAAGUUGGCUGGUUUUCUCAGGUACAUCUCCAUGCAAAACCUGGCUGUCAUCUUUGACUUACUGCUGGACUCCUAUAGAACAGCCAGAGAGUUUGACACCAGACCUGGGUUGAAAUGUUUGCUGAAGAAAGUUUCUGGCAUUAGCGGAGCUGCCAACUUGUAUCGCCAGUCAGCAAUGAGCUUCAACAUCUACUUCCAUGCUUUGAUUUGUGCAAUCCUGACAAACCAGGAGAACAUCACUGCAGAGCAAGUGAAAAAGAUCCUCUUUGAAGAUGAUGAGAGAAGCACAGACUCAUCACAGCAGUGUUCUUCAGAAGAUGAAGACAUUUUUGAAGAAACUGCCCAGGUCAGUCCCCCACGAGGGAAGGAGAAGAGACAGUGGAGGGCUCGAAUACCAUCUCUGAGUGUACAGCCUGUCAGCAAUGCAGACUGGGGAUGGCUUAUCAAGCGGCUUCAUAAGCUCUGCAUGGAACUGUGCAACAACUAUAUCCAGAUGCAUUUGGACUUGGAGAAUAAUGUAGAGGAGCCUCCAUCAUUCAGAGGCGACCCUUUCUUCAUUUUACCAUCCUUUCACUCAGAAACCUCCACCCCGUCGACUGGAGGGCAGUCUGGGAAGGACACACCAUCGGAAGAUGACCGGAGUCAAAUCAGGGAUCAACUGGGAGACAGCCUGACACCCCGAGGAGGGAGUGGAGAAAUACUGCUGCUACCCCCACCCCUAAGUCCUAAACCAGAGAAAAAAGAGCAAACCAGGAAAAAAGAAUGGUGGGAGAGUGCUGGCAACAAGAUCUACACCAUAGCCGCUGACAAAACUAUCUCCAAGCUCAUGACAGAAUACAAGAAAAGAAAGCAGCAACAGGCCAUGACAUCCUUCACCAAAGAGGUCAAAGUGGAAAAGAAAGGGGAGCUUCUCAGUUCAAGAGGGCCAGACUCACCCAUACUCCAGCGGCCACAACAUCUUAUAGAUCAAGGGCAAAUGAGGCAUUCAUUCAGUGCUGGUCCAGAGAUCCUGAGACAAGAGAAGAGACCACGCUCAGGAUCCACAGUCAGCUCCCUGAAUAUAUCUGUUAGGGAUGCCGAGGCCCAGAUACAGGCAUGGACCAACAUGGUGCUGACAGUUCUCAACCAGAUUCAGGCCCUGCCAGACCAAACUUUCACAGCCCUGCAGCCAGCGGUGUUCCCCUGUAUCAGCCAGCUGACCUGCCAUGUGACAGAUAUCCGUGUCCGCCAGGCAGUACGGGAAUGGCUGGGAAGAGUGGGACGAGUUUAUGAUAUCAUCAUUUAA